CCCCGACCUGCCCCCGCUGCUCCUCCAACGGCUCGUGCCGCGGACCGCCGGUUUCCGCCCUGCGCUCAGCAUGCCCUUUUCUGGUGCAACCGGACCCUCCGAGGAAUCGCUCUGGAGCUCGAGGCCAGCCUGCAGGGAAAUGGAGUCCAAGGUCUCCGAAGGCGGCCUGAACGUCACCCUCACCAUCCGGCUGCUGAUGCACGGCAAGGAAGUUGGAAGCAUCAUUGGAAAGAAAGGAGAGACCGUGAAGAAGAUGCGUGAAGAGAGCGGGGCAAGGAUCAACAUCUCGGAGGGAAACUGCCCCGAGCGAAUCGUGACUAUCACUGGCCCCACCGACGCCAUCUUCAAGGCUUUCGCCAUGAUUGCCUACAAAUUUGAGGAGGACAUAACCAACUCAAUGAGCAACAGCACUGCUACCAGCAAACCUCCGGUGACGCUGAGGCUGGUCGUGCCAGCUAGUCAGUGCGGCUCGCUGAUCGGCAAAGGAGGCUCCAAGAUCAAGGAAAUCAGGGAGUCAACAGGUGCUCAGGUUCAAGUGGCGGGGGACAUGCUGCCCAACUCCACGGAGCGGGCAGUGACAAUCUCGGGGACACCCGACGCAAUUAUCCAGUGUGUCAAACAGAUCUGUGUGGUGAUGCUGGAGUCCCCACCAAAAGGUGCCACCAUUCCCUACCGCCCAAAGCCCGCCUCCACCCCUGUCAUUUUUGCAGGUGGUCAGGCCUAUACAAUUCAGGGACAAUACGCUAUUCCACACCCGGAUCAGUUGACCAAGCUCCACCAGUUGGCUAUGCAGCAAACCCCCUUUACUCCCCUUGGACAGACCACCCCCGCUUUCCCUGGAGAAAAGCUGCCUUUACAUUCCUCCGAAGAAGCUCAAAAUCUGAUGGGCCAAUCAUCAGGUUUGGAUGCCAGUCCCCCGGCCAGUACUCAUGAACUCACCAUUCCCAAUGAUCUAAUAGGCUGCAUAAUCGGACGCCAAGGGACCAAAAUCAAUGAAAUUCGGCAGAUGUCGGGAGCGCAGAUCAAAAUCGCCAACGCCACGGAAGGGUCAUCGGAGCGCCAAAUUACCAUCACAGGAACCCCUGCAAACAUCAGCCUCGCGCAGUACCUCAUCAACGCCAGGCUGACGUCUGAGGUCACUGGAAUGGGCGCACUCUAAUUUCCACCCACCAUCCUCCACUCCGCACCACCCGACCCUCUCCAGCCACCGGCACUCCACCCAGCCUGUACUGCCUGUACAUUUACCGUCUUCCCUUUGCCUCCACAGAUACUCUUUUCUUUACUAACAAAUAUAUAUAUAUAUAUAUAAAAAUACACACACAUAUGCACACACUGGAACAUUUCUUUAAGAGCUCCUUACUGUGCUCCUGAGGCUGCUCCCGAACUCUUUGGUUAUGGUCCUUGUUUUCAGCGUACGGUGUUAUUACUUCAU